UGUCACUGAUCAUUGGUCUUUCUCUGGCGCUGCUGCUGCUGCUGCUGCUACUGCAGCAAAUGAUGAGGAAAAACAGACGGGGUCAAUUCGACUGCAAGUUUACAUUGAUGGCCCUGUUUUGAUCCAGUCGUAGGUACCAGUGCUGCCACUGCGCAUCGUGGUAAAGGAGCACGAUAGCUUAGGCUGUGCCCACAUCGCCAUGGCAGAAAGUUAUUGCCAUUUUGGAGAAAAUUGAAAAAGGUGAACAGGGAAGUGAAAGGGAAGGAGGGGGGAAAUUGAGGUGAGUGAUGGUGGAUAAUGCUACGAGCUACUUACUGAUCACUGGCAGAAGGGCUUUCUUUCACUAUAUAUACGUUUUUCCUGUUUUAAUAAUGUUUUUGCUCAUGUCUCUGCUGCCUCCCAGCUUACUGCUUCUGAAGAGGAGGUGCUUAGCUUGAUGUAGGAGCUCCUAAGAAAAAGGGGGAGAAAGAAGAAGAUCUUUUCAACCGUCACUUCUCUCAGGAUAAUCUCGCAGUGAAGCGAUUUGAAUCUGAUCUUGUUUGUUGCGUCGACAUGGGCUGAGCAAAAGAUCGACAAGGAAUAAUAUUGAUCUCUUGCAAAGGAGGUUGAUUUUUGUAUCUAUGGCGACGUACUUCCACGGAGGGCCGGAGAUGCAGCCGGACGGCGGCCUGCAGACGCUCUACCUCAUGAACCCGAGCUACGGCGGCGGGUAUGCCGACGCAGCUCCUCCGCCGAACAUGGUCCUCCUGAACUCUAGCAUCAACAAUUCGGUGAACUCCAUAAACUUCCAGCAGCAGCAGCAGCAGCAGCAGAAGCACUUCGUCGGCGUCCCGCUUGAGCACGAUUCCAACCGCGCGGCGGCGGCGCAGAUCCCCAACUACAACCUCUGGGCGGCGGCACCCACCACGUCGAGCAGGAACCCGAUCGCUUCCGCCCAGAAAGGGCUGUCGCUCAGCCUGUCCCCGCACGAGAUGGUGGCUCCGGCGAGGGCCGACGAGGGGAAGGUCGCGUCGGCGGCGGCCAACGGCGUCUCGGGCCUGUUGCUGGGGUCCAGGUACUUGAAGGCGGCUCAGCAGUUGCUCGACGAGGUGGUAAACGUCGGUAAGGGGAUCAAGGAUGAGUCUCCAAAGGCACAGCCAGCUACUGGCACCGACAGAAGUAACGUGGAGCCGAAAGGAGCCGCCACCGGUGACGAGAACGCGAGUACAAAUCGAGGUCCAGACCUCUCUACAGCGGAGCGGCAGGAGGUCCAGAUGAAGAAGGCCAAGCUCGUUAACAUGCUCGAGGAGGUGGAACAGAGGUACAGACAAUACCACCACCAGAUGCAAGUCGUGGUCUCCUCCUUCGACGCCGUCGCCGGCUACGGAUGGGCAAGGACAUACACCGCGCUGGCUCUGCGUACGAUAUCGAAGCAAUUCCGGUGCCUCCGCGAAGCCAUCUCCGGACAAAUCCGGGCAGCCAGCAAGAGCCUGGGGGAGGAAGACGCCGGGAAGGCGUCGGCCGGGUCGAGACUCCGGUUCAUCGAUCACCAUCUGAGACAGCAACGCGCGCUUCAGCAGCUGGGGAUGGUGCAGCACAACGCCUGGAGGCCGCAGAGAGGCCUCCCCGAACGCUCUGUUUCCAUCCUCCGCGCUUGGCUCUUCGAGCACUUCCUCCACCCAUAUCCCAAGGAUUCGGACAAGCUGAUGCUCGCUAAACAAACAGGGCUCACGAGGAGUCAGGUCUCGAAUUGGUUCAUCAAUGCGCGAGUGCGGCUGUGGAAGCCGAUGGUGGAGGAAAUGUACUUGGAGGAGGUCAAGGAGCACGAACAGAACAACAACUCCGACGACAAGAGCGACGCCCGCGGCAGCUCUACCACAUCCAAAUCCAACGCGGCGCAACGAGAUCACAGCCCGACCGCCACCGCCGACGCCAAGCAACCUCUCGCGCCAGUCCAACCCUCCUCCUUCGCGCGCCAAGCCUCCUACUACGACAAGGACGAUUUCGUGCAGCCCUCCGCGAUGAAGAAGGCGAGGGGCGCCGACGAACUCACUCCCAACGAAGAGUUCCUGAUGAAGCUCAUGGACGGGGGGCAGAGGGCGGCGGAGCAGCAGGGGUACCCCUCCCUGAUCGCAGACCACAUGAGCUACGGCGGGUACCCGAUCGGGCAACUCGACGAGCAAUUCGCCCCGAGGUUCUCCGGUAACAUGAACGGAGUCUCUCUCACGCUCGGCCUCCAAUACAACGAGAACCUCUCCCUCUCCGGAGUGCAACCGCAAUUCCUCUCCGGCGAAGGGACUGAUUUCAACGCAGCGGUGGCACAUCCUUCUGCCGCCGCAUUUAGGACGGACAGGGGUCUCCUGCUCAAUUACUACCAGACUUCAUAGGCUCUAAAUCUGUUCUCAUAUUGGAUUUCAAUCAACAACCAUAUGGCGAUCAUCCAGUAGCAGUCAGUCAGUGAGUCAGUCAGUCAGUGUCUUAGUGUAUAGAACACGGCCUUAUAUACUUCUCUAUAUAUAUAUCUAUAUAUAUAUAUACAAAUAUAUGAUUGGGGGUGGGUAUAGUGGACUUAGGGAUCAAUUAGUGUGUAGUUUAAUCUUCAUAUAUGGAUGCUUUUUAUACAAUAGUGUGCAUGUAUUGUUUGUGCUUCA